AUGUCAACAACAGCCCCUUCAAAUUACCCUCGCCUGCCUCCAGAGAUCAUGCUCAUGGUAUUCAAGCACCUCGAGCGCACCGCCAGCCCCUCUACUCUCGCUACCGCCGCCCGCACGUCCCACUCCUUCCACCGAAACCUCAUCCCCGUCGUCUACAGAUCCGCUACCCUUACCAAGGACAACUGCCGCAGCUUCUUCUACGGCCUGCUCUCGUCCCAAUGUAUAUCCCAAGAGGAGAAAGAAGCGUGGUGGGAAGGAGAGCUCGGGGACAAGAAGUCGAGAGUCGCGAGACGGAUCGCGAUGCUGGGACUUGUGCAGAACGUAUUCCUUGCAGACCUUGAGGCUGUGAAGGUAUGCAAUGCGGCUGUCAGAGCGCUUCGUGCGGAGGGUCUCGAGGCCCCACCAAACGAUUGGUACACACCCCAUAUGAACGACUCUCCCCCCAGAACUCUCCUCUUCUAUGGCCGUGUGCCCCUCCACGUUCAACUGUCCUCAAAACUCCUCAUCUCGCUAGCUGAAGAGCUCCCACCUGACAGAGUCACUCCUACGCUUAUGACAGAGGCAUUGGGCGGCAUGAUGAGGCCUUCCGGGACAUUGUCGGUUCAACUGCCGCGAGGGUAUUAUCGUGACUCCGAUUUGCCUAGAAGUGCACCCUCGGAUGCUGGUGAUCGAUCACGUUAG